CUUGCAUUGAAAAUUUUUCCAGGUUUAGAUAAUGUAGUGUUGGACGAAUAUUUCUUUUUGAAAUGGCCGCAUCUUUAGCAAAUAUCACAAAUGUUUGGAAGGAGUUCAACUUGGUCAUGUUCCAGUCUGAACUGGACCAAGUUGCGACUGAACUCGCUGACAGACAGGAAAACAGUGAGCAAAGCCGGAAGAAAUUAAUCGAGCAAAACAAGGAGUUCAAAAAGAAUUCAACUGCAGAGACAAAGAAACAAGUCGCGCCUCUACUUAAAAGUUUCCAGAAUGAGAUCGAUGACCUGACGAAUCGUAGCAAGGCUGCGGAAGCAGCUUUUCUGACUGUUUACAAACGGAUAGUUGAAGCACCAGAUCCUGUACCGUCGCUCGAGUUCGUACAAUCCAUUCAAACCAAGGCAAGCAAAGUAGCAGAUCUGGAGCUCGAAAACGGCAAACUUCGCGAGACACUCUCGGAGUACAAUAAAGAGUUUGCCGAAGUUAAGAAUCAAGAGGUGACGAUUAAAAACCUUCGUGAGAAAGUGAAAGAAUUAGAAGACUCAGUCGAGAGCAGAGUCAGCAGUCGGCUGGUUGAGAAGGAGAGGGAAUUGGCUAAGAGCUACGAGGAGAAGAACCAACUGAUUGCUUCCUCGCAGGUGGACUUGGAGAAAAAGUUGACUGAGUCGGAACACAACUCACAUGCGCUGCAGUCAGCGUACAGUGCAGCACAGGCGGAGCUGUUUGAGCUGCGGUCUCGACUGGAUGAAGAACAGAGUGGAAAAAACAGUGAGAUGGAACUGGUACUGGGAGACCUCGAGGUCGCAAACCAGAAACUGGCUGCAGCAGAUAAAGAAAUCUCGGAUCUGCACUCGCAAUUGUCGGAACUGAAGACCAUGGCCGCCUCACACGAAGGCCAUCUAUCAUCAGGAUCCAAUGAUAAUGAAGCGAUUGAAGAGGCGUUCCAGAGAUAUGCCAACACCAGUCUGGAAGCAGAACUGGUCGCAAAAGAACGGCAGAUAGAGCAGCUGGUGGAUGAGAACAGGCGGCUGAGUGGGAGUGUGGCUAGUGGGAAACAGAGUCUGGAGCUGCAGAGACACAGACACCAGCAGGACUACUCUGCCCUGGAACAGCAACUGGAGGCUAUGAAGGAGAAGUUGCAUCAGCAGCGGGAUUACGCGGAGAUUAAACGAGAGUUGAAUAUCAUGAAGUCAGUAGAGUUCGGAUUCGCAAGCACGGGUGAGGAAACGACUGGCCAAGACAGCAAUACCUCCAGCUCAGCGACGCCAGAUCUUAUUUCAGGCUCAGUUGUGAGCAAACAGUCACUAGAGCUACUCCUUCUAGAGAAGAAUAAGAAACUUCAAAACGAGGCUACUAACUUGAGGAACAGCAAUGCAUCUCUUCAAGGUGACUCAGCCGACCAAGGAUCCAACAUUAUCGCGUCUAAUUCGCUCUCAAUUAAUGUACAGAAUCCAUUAUUCUUGAAAUCACAAAAUAACCAGUCGCUUAACGUUCAAGUUCAAUCUUCUUGCCAAAAAGGUUUGAAUCUAACUUCAAAUCGAGUUACUCCAAUCUUACUUCGAGGAGCAGAUGAAGGGAUUCCAACGUCGAGGAAUUUUCCGUUCAACUUUGGAGGAAGUCGAGAUUAUAACGAAGAUUCAGACCUGGAAAGUUUGACGUGCAAUUCGGAAUCGAGUGCGCAGUCGGGAGUCUUCGGAGGAGCUGCAACGUCGCUAGAAUUGUUCAACCCAGCACAGAUUGCAGAGAAGGUAUCGGUGGAAAUCCAGGGUUUGGGAGUGAGUGUAAAGGCGGUUUCUCGCGAUCUCAAUUUGCCGAAUUUGCGAGUGUUGAUCGAAGAGCCGAAACUGUUUCACGAGCUGUCGCAGAUAGAGUUCUAUGCAUACUUGGAUCUGCUAAAGUGGCUUCGAGAGCAAGAGGCAGCUAGGGAAGAGCAAAAUAAGCCGAAAUCUGAUGAAGAAACGAACGAAGCUAUUCAAAGAAUCCUCGCCUCUGCCAAACAAGAAAUGGCUGCAUCGCAAAGUUCUACUGAGGAACAAAGUAAACAAGGAGCAACAGAUAAUGGAAUUGAAAUUAAAGACAUCAAAACUGAAAUAGUUGAAAUAGAACCGGUUGAAACGAAAGUUGCGGAAAGUUCUAGUUCUGCUAUCACAAACAACGAGAAAAGUCCCGUUUUGGGAGAGGAGUUCAGUAUAGAUGCUUCUAGUUCUCGUGAAGAGUUUACGGAGACUGACGCUAUGACGUCGGCAGGAGUUCCUGGAGAUAAUGACGAGGUCACGUCUAGGAGUAUCUGGAGGAAGUGUCCUAAGGUACCUGGAUCUCGACUGACUGUGCUGGCCCAGAUGAGGAGAAUGUUGUUGACUCCUCUCACUCCGUCUGAUGUGUCCAAGUACUCGAAUUGCGACACUCAGAUUUUGGCUGAGAAAGUGCGUCGUAUACUCGAGAACAACUCGAUCUCCCAAAGAGUGUUUGGCCAUUACAUCCUUGGAAUGUCGCAGAGCUCAGUGUCGGACUUAUUACUGCACCCAAAACCAUGGGGACUGACAACCAGCAAAGGACAGGCGUCCUACAUCAGAAUGCAAAAGUGGCUCGAGGACAGCUCCGGUGUAGAAAGACUGAAACAACUUAACUCGAAUUUCCUCAGCGAUGUCUUGUCAAACAUGCAGCAAAUAUCUGAGAAGAAAAACACGCCAAAUAUGACGAACGACUCAAUUAAGACCAACAACUCAACCCUUCAGGCUCGUAGCAACAACUCAGCAAUACAACAGCUGCCAAAAGUGCAAUCGGUAUCAUCAGUCGCCGCCCCGAAAGCGACUAGAGAAGUUGUCCUCAAUGUUCCGAAAAUUACUCCUCCGAGAAUUCUACCUAGACCGGGUCCGACUGUUAUCAGAUCGGAAUCAGAUUUGAAUGAUUUCUUAUUGUUCAACUCGCUAAAUACAGAAUCAAGCAGGGUGGAAAAAAUGAGUACAGUACGUGCAAAUAGAUAUUGUCAUAGUUUGAAAUUGGCGGAGGAGAAAGCACAAGCUCUGAGGAUGUCCAAUUCGACUUCGCAUAAGUUGCAGAUACAAGCGAAGAGCCUUCACAUUAUUUCUUCAUGCAACGUCAAGAGCACAAAACCACGUCGUUCGAUUAAACUCACGGAUGAAAUCUUCGACAGUUAUUCACUUUACGGACUCGACACUUUAAGACUAACAGACCAAGUCAAAGUUCUUAUGUCAACCAGAUCGAUAGGCCAAAAAGUGCUGGGAGAAAAUAUCUUGGGUCUCUGUCAGGCUUCAGUUUGCGACUUGCUGAACAAACCUCGACCUUGGAGGGGGUUGCAUAGAAGAGUGAAGGAAGCAUAUAUUAGACUGCAGAUAUGGGCCAAUAACCCGACUAGUUUUCCUCUGGUGGACUCCUUUGGGGAUUCUGUAGUACCGCAGCCGCUGUCGUCAAGUGAAGAUUCAACAAGGAUGCCAAAAGUGUAUGUAGACGGACCUCCAUCCGCCAAGCGAGCAAAAACAGUGGACACAAGUUGCAGCACAACCAAUGAAAAAACAGCUCCCAAAAAGACAACGAGCUUCAGUGACGCAACAAUUCAACAACUAGCUUCUUACGUCGACAAAAUGUCGCCCGAUUCCCAGAAAUCACCUGCAUCAGGCGAAAAUAGUAUAAUGACAAUGGAUAAUUGGGAUUCGAAUGUAUCACAAAUCAAGUCUGCAAAUGACGCUAAAGUUGAAGCGGCAGCCGCGGAUUUCGUCCGAAGUUAUUUGAGUGCUGACGACAACGACGAAAGCGGAAAUGGAUUGCUAAAUGCGCUGGGAUUAGGCGAUGAUAGUUCAAGCGAGUUUGAUAGUCUAAACUGCUUUGACCUUGAAAAUAGUCCGAACACGGCGGUUGUUCAACCGAAAUCUCCAUAUAACUUUUUGGGAACUGUAACUGAAAGCAAUGAAUUUGGGUCAGACUCGAUUGGUAUUUCACCCAACUUAGAAAUACAAGUUUCUUCAGUGCAAUCGAAAAAUGUCUCUGUUGAUAAGCUAGAUUCAUGCUCGAGAUCGAAAAUUGAAGCUAAAAAAGAGAAAACUUUAACUGGCGAUAAUAAUGAAAACGGGAUAUCAGAGUCAAGUCUUGGAAAUAAUGAAGGCAACAGAAAACGAAAGGCUAGAAUUGAGGCUUUAGAAACAACAUUAAAGUUGGAGAGUGAACCAUGGAAUGACCAAUUAGAAGCGAUGAGUUUAAUUUCAAAAAUGCAAAGCAACUUGGCGUCAACUUCCCAAGGCGAUCCUUGGGGAGAUAGUACAGACUCGGAUUCGUGAAUACAUGCCGAAAUUCGUUCAUCUAUUCAAUGCGAAAAAAAUAUACGAGAAACGAUUUUAACAACUCUACACCAACUUGUAAUUGUAUUUUAAACAGUUUUAGAGCAUGUUUGAGGCAAUAUGUCGAUGUGCUAAUAUUUCUUAGUUUAAAGUUAAAUCAUUUGUUUGUAAAUAAAUAAUGCAAGUGCACGAAGUCUUAGAAUAAUAAUUAUGGUUACAACGUUUUUUAUU